AUGGCGUGUAGUUAAGCUAGCCUAACACUAAGCUAAGCCAACAGUAGAUUUGAUGGGUAGGGGAACAGAAGUUCCAGAAGCAAUCAGACAUGCAAAGGUUCCGGAACCGAGGCCUUUGAAUAAACUAGAUUUCAUAAACAGCUGCUCAAGUCCGAUCCUUGCGCUGACAAAACUCCUGUGAUGCUGACACAAGCACUUAUAUUCUGAAAAGCCUUUUGCAAGCAGCUCUAGCUAAUCGAGCUAUACAAGGCUUAUACAAAUACAAAUACAAAUACGAGGCUUAAGUGCUUUCACUCUCGAGCUCUGAGCAAAACACACAGAUUGAGAAAGGCUUUUUGGAAAGUGAAAAAGAAGGAGCCGUUACUAUUUACAAGGAGAAGAACGUUGAGCAUUUGCUUAGAGCGAGGCUCACAGAGGGUUCAAGGAGAAGAAAGAAGCUGAUUGAGAAAAGAAAGAGAGAGCAAUGGCAAGUGGGUUCAGGCUAAUCUUUGCCACUUCACUCCUGCUCGCACUUUUGGAUCUUUGCAGAGGAAGUACCAUUGGAAUUUGCUAUGGAAGAAAUGCUGAUGAUCUUCCUACACCGGACAAAGCGGCGCAGCUUGUGCAGCUUCAUAACAUUAAAUAUGUUAGGAUUUACGACUCUAACAUACAGGUCCUCAAGGCCUUUGGAAACACUGGCGUUGAACUUAUGAUUGGGGUCCCAAAUUCAGACUUGUUGGCAAUUUCCCAAUACCAAUCCAAUGCAGACACCUGGCUUAAGAACAGCAUCCUGCCUUACUACCCAGCUACGAAGAUCACAUACAUAACUGUUGGAGCUGAAGUUACUGAGAGCCCCAGUAAUUUCUCUGCACAAGUAGUGCCUGCCAUGAGAAAUGUCCUCACAGCCUUAAAAAAGGUUGGUCUGUCUAAGAAGAUUAAAGUAUCAACUACACAUUCUCUUGGUGUUCUGUCCCGAUCAUUCCCUCCCUCUGCUGGGGCUUUUAAUAGCAGCCAUGCAUCGUUUCUGAAACCCCUGUUGGAAUUUCUUGCCGAAAAUCAGUCACCAUUCAUGGUUGAUAUUUAUCCAUACUAUGCUUACAGAGAUUCCCCAUCCAAUGUCACUCUAGACUAUGCCUUAUUUGAGUCAUCCUCAGAUGUUAUUGAUCCAAACACUGGUUUGCUAUACACCAACAUGCUUGAUGCACAGAUUGAUGCUAUAUAUUACGCGCUGAUGGCUCUGAAUUUCAAAACAAUUAAGAUCAUGGUCACUGAGACAGGCUGGCCUUCGAAAGGAUCGCCUAAAGAGACAGCUGCAACUCCUGAUAAUGCCCAAACUUACAAUACCAAUCUGAUUCGCCAUGUCAUUAAUAAUACCGGUACUCCUGCAAAGCCUGGAGAGAGGCUGGAUAUCUAUAUCUUUUCUUUGUUCAAUGAAAAUAGGAAGCCUGGGUUGGACUCGGAGAGGAACUGGGGGUUAUUUUAUCCAGACCAGACAAGCGUCUACAACCUGGAUUUCACUGGAAAAGGUUCUGCGGAUGUGAUUACACAGGCCAAUGUUACCAGUUCGAAUGUGACGACGUGGUGCAUUGCUUCAAGUAAGGCUUCUGAACUUGACUUGCAGAAUGCCUUGGAUUGGGCUUGUGGUCCUGGGAAUGUAGACUGUACUGCCAUUCAGCCUAGCCAACCUUGCUUUGAGCCAGAUAAUACAGUGGCGCAUGCAUCUUUUGCGUUCAACAAUUAUUACCAGCAAAAUGGGGCUACUGAUGUUGCUUGCAGUUUCGGAGGGACAGGGAUUAAAGUCGAUAAGAACCCGAGCUAUGACAACUGCAUCUAUAUGACUGCUGGGAGCAACAAAACUGUGGCAAGUAAUACAACAGCAAUAUCUUCUACUUCAUCCUUCGCCACAAUGAACAGAGUUCCAACAUGGAUGUUUAGUUGCCUUCUAGGGACUUUCAUGUUAGUUCUUUCCAAAAGUUGACCAUGUCUGAGAAACUUGGAUGUUAAAAGCAGUAUAUAUUUUGCCAUGGAGACCAGAUAUUGGUGAUUCUUGUAUUUCGGUGAUUAGGCUAUUGCAGGGGUUGGUGCUGGCUUUUGAAACUUUUUCCCUCAUUUUCAAGAGGAAGAAUGUAAUUGCUGAAUAUCAAUCAGCUCCCCAAUUUUUGUAUGAUAGUGCUAUAUCUUCUGAAGAUGGGAUGACAUGAGUUAUAUGUUUUUAGCACAUGCAGAGGCUUGAGUUAGAAACUAAAGAGUUUGCAGCUUCCGAUGGUUGAACUUCACACCUCAAUUGGAGUAAUCAGUUUAUUUGGGAGAUAAAAUCUGAAAUGUAGGUUUCAAAUGUAAAACUUUGAAGUGCAAGCAUGAUGAACUAGUCUGUCGAUUAUGAGCGGCGGGUCUUUACCUCCUCUCCCUUUCUAUUUUUAACACAUGCAGAGGCUUGAGUUAGAAACUAAAGAGUUUGCAGCUUCUGAUGGUUGAACUUCACACCUCAAUUGGAGAGGAGGAAUCAGUGUAUUUGUGAGAUAAAAUCUGUAAUGUAGGUUUUAAAUGUAAAAUUUUGAAGUGCAA